GGUAUAUAAAGCAGGGAGGCAGCCAGGGUAGCACACAUCAAGAAAACCUGCUUCACAGACACAAAACAGCACAAAGAAAAGACAAAGUAUCCUUCUACCUACUGACUGUAUAGCACAGUAUUCUUCCUCAGCUCCGACUGACUGACUGUGUAGCACACUAUCCUUCUUUACCUCCUACUGACUGCACAGCACAUUAUCCUUCCUCAAUUUAUACUUACUGCAUAGCUCACUAUCCUUCUUCACCUUCUACUGACUGCACAGCUCAUUAUCCAUCCUCAAUUUAUACUUACUGCAUAGCUCACUAUCCUUCUUCACCUUCUACUGACUGCACAGCACAUUAUCCUUCCUCAAUUUAUACUUACUGCAUAGCUAACUUUCCUUCUUCACCUUCUACUGACUGCACAGCACAUUAUCCAUCCUCAAUUUAUACUUACUGCAUAGCUCACUAUCCUUCUUCACCUUCUACUGACUGCACAGCUCAUUAUCCUUCCUUUUUUCUGGUCCUACUUACAGUACGGCACAUUAUCCUUUCUCAACUCCUACUGACUGUAUAGCACACUAUCCUUUCUCAGCUCCUACUGACUGUAUAGCACACCCUCCUUUCUCAGCUCCUACUGACUGUAUCGCACACUAUCCUUUCUCAGCUCCCACUGUCUGUAUAGCACAGUAUUCUUCCUCAGCUCUUACUGACUGUAUAGCACACUAUCCUUUUUCAGCUCCUACUGUCUGUAUAGCAAAAUAUCCUUUCUCAGCUCUUACUGACUGUAUAGCACAGUAUUCUUCCUCAGCUCCUACUGACUGUAUAGCACACUAUCCUUUCUCGGCUCCCACUGUCUGUAUAGCACAGUAUUCUUCCUCAGAUCUUACUGACUGUGUAGCACACCCUCCUUUUCUCAGCUACUACUGACUGUAUAGCACACUAUCCUUUCUCAGCUCCUACUGACUGUAUAGCACACUAUCCUUUCUCAGCUCCUUCUGACUGUAAAUCACACUAUCUUUUAUCAGCUUCUACUGACUGUAUAGCACACUAUCCUUUCUCAGCUUCUACUGACUGUAUAGCACACCCUUAUUUCUCAGCUACUACUGACUGUAUAGCAAACUAUGCUUCCUAAGCUCCUAAUGACUGUAUAGCACACUAUCCUUUCUCAGCUCCUACUGUCUGUAUAGCAAACUAUCCUUUUUCAGCUCCUACUGUCUGGAUAGCAAAAUAUCCUUUCUCAGCUCUUACUGACUGUAUAGCACAGUAUUCUUCCUCAGCUCCUACUGACUGUAUAGCACAGUAUUCUUCCUCAGCUCCUACUGACUGUAUAGCACACUAUCCUUUCUCGGCUCCCACUGUCUGUAUAGCACAGUAUUCUUCCUCAGAUCUUACUGACUGUGUAGCACACCCUCCUUUUCUCAGCUACUACUGACUGUAUAGCACACUAUCCUUUCUCAGCUCCUACUGACUGUAUAGCACACUAUACUUUCUCAGCUCCUUCUGACUGUAAAUCACACUAUCUUUUAUCAGCUCCUACUGACUGUAUAGCACACUAUCCUUUCUCAGCUUCUACUGACUGUAUAGCACACCCUUAUUUCUCAGCUACUACUGACUGUAUAGCAAACUAUGCUUCCUAAGCUCCUAAUGACUGUAUAGCACACUAUCCUUUCUUUCAGCUCCUACUGAGUGUAUAGCACACUAUCCUUUCUCAGCUCCUACUGACUGUAUAGCACACUGUCCUUUCUCAGCUCAUACUUACUGUAUAGCACACUAUCCUGUCUCAGCUCCUAUUGACUGUAUAGCACACUAUGCUUGCACAGCUUCUACUGACUGUAUAGCACACCAUCCUUACCUGGCUUCUACUGACUUGACUAAAUAACUUUUUCCAGUUCCCAGUAAGUGCACAUUCCUCAACCUACCUGCAGCUUUCAUCCCAUCCUCUGUUAUCAUGGCAGAUAAUCAGGGUGAGGACCAUUUCUCCAGUUAUCAGGAAGCCAUGUCUCAGGGUACCUUCCUGUAUGAAGACUUCCCUCAAUCCCCAGCCAGCAGUGGACCUCUCAGGAGAAACAGGCAAAACAGGAUGAGAAUCCAGCCUCUGUCCUUCAAGGAGAUCCAGGAAGUUGCAGAGGAGGGGUUGUCCCCCAAUGAGGAGGAGAAGGCUAGGAGGUCCUUCUUACAGUCUCUGGAGGCUUUAAGAAGAGGCUCUCACCAUCUCUACCUCCAGAAGGACAAGGAUGUGAGCAGCUACAGGCCCAGCCUGGACUAACUCAGAUACUAUGUGCUAUCUCCAACUUGGGACAUGGAGAACCUGAAUGUGCCCAGUCACAUAAAGACUUUCUUAAAAAGAGACAUUUCAAUCACUUCAAAACAGAUACAAUGGAUCUACCCAGUGUAGGAGCCUUUUCAUUUGUGUCUGUGAUCCCAGAACUAUCUCUAAAUAUCUUUACAUGGUCCCUUAUUAUUGUUUUUAUAGAAUGUGUUUCAAGUUCUCGUCAUCUUUUGACUAGGAGUCUUUAAUAGGGCAUACCGUCACUUAAGAUCUACAAAUGGACUUUUAUCGGACUAACUUUAUCAUUUGUUUUAUUUCAUUAAGUGUUCUUCAGUUUAAGUACUAUGUACAUGUCAUGUUUUGUGUUGUGUGUGUUUUUUUAGAAUUGGAUACAUUUAUGCUUAUUUUUGUACAAAAUAUUUUUUUAAUAAUAUUUAAUCAUAUUUGUGUGACAUACACAGAAAAUGUACAAAUAAACCUAUGUAU